AUGGGAGUGCGCACAGAAAGCCAGGGGCGCCUGUCAAACAGCUGUAUGCAAACACACUUUUUCUUUAGGUUUAUCCAGUUCUGUGUCUCAUGAUGGAGCCCAGAAGGGAAGGCUGGCAUAUGCCAGCCUAUCAGUACCAAUCUAGUGACAGAGAUGACCACUACAGAUCCUCAAACCAGUCAUCGUAUUACUACCCACCAACGGAGUCGAGAGGGAGAGAAAGACAGUGGCAGCAGGUAGAUCCUCGGUAUGGAAGCUACAUGACCAGUCCACCUCCUAAACCAGAGUAUAUUCCUGGAUAUAGCAGCGCUUUUGCAUCCAACCAACACUUACACUUCAGACCACACUCCAGGCAGGAAUAUGACUACUCUUCUUCCAGCUACUGGCCCUACAGAGAAGACUAUGGCUAUUAUGAUUACCACGGUUAUCACGGAACACAAUACAGCUCUCCAGAUGGCGGCGGCUGGAGCCAGACAGAUGGCUGGAGGACAGAGGGUCAUCAGGUCCGGGGACUGACGCAAGAGUCUGCAAGAGCAUCAUACUCUGAUCAGCAGGGCUAUAGCUUUAAAACUGACAGUCAGUAUGAUCGUGGUGUAUCAGAGAGACACAGAGAAAGCAUGGAGAAUGGAGAUGGAACUGGAGAGGUGUAUGAUAAUGGUGCUCUUGCCAACUCUAAAGCAUCAGGUCUGUCCUCGAGCAGCUAUGAGCUCAGCCAGUACAUGAAUGGAGCUGAACAGAGUGAGCUUGAGCUCAUUUCUCACACAGGUGUUGUCCCCAUUGAGGUCGCUCCACUCAAGUUCAGCAUCCCUCAUGUGGCAGUGAGUUUUGGGCCAGCGGGUCAGCUGGUGUGGGUCAGUCCAGCCCUGGCCUCCGAGGGUGAGCCUGCUCAAGUGGAACUCCACAGCCUGGAGGUAAUUCUCUGUGAAACUCAUGAACAGCAGGAUAUGAGAGACUUUCCUGGACCUCUGGCAAGGGAGGAUUUGCAUAAAGUGGAUGCCAUUAACUUUGCCAUUCAAAUGUCAGAGAGAUGUCUAAAGGAUGAAAAAUUAGAAGACCAUACAUCUGCUGCCCUCUUGUGGCAUUUCCUAAUACUGCUGUGCAGACAGAAUGGAAGAAUUCUGGGUUCAGAUGUUGCAGAAUUGCUAAUGAGGGAGUUCAGUUCUCUGGGGGUGUGGGGGGUCUCUGCUGAGCCUGCAGAUGGAGAAAGCCUCAUUGAUCUGAGUGAAACACCUACGGUAGAAAAAGAGACCCUCAACUUUUCUGACCUGCUGACUGGAUUUCCCCCAACUGACAAAGAGGCUGAAGAGCAAAAUCUUCAGAAAUACACUAAACUAUUGCUGUCCGGGAGGAAAAAGGAGGCGCUGGAGUCAGCCAUGCAGAGUGGUCUGUGGGGUCAUGCCUUAUUUUUGGCCAGCAAAAUGGACAGCAGGUCCUACAACACAGUUUUGAGCAGAUUUACAGGCAGUCUGACUCCCAGCGACCCUCUACAAACUCUCUUCCAGCUGCUCUCUGGACGGAUUCCAGCUGUUUCCAUGUCCUGGAGUCGUGAGAAGUGGGGAGACUGGCGACCACACUUGGCUGUUAUGCUGUCCAAUGAGACAGCAGACCCUGUCAUACAUCACAGGUCUAUCAUCGCCAUGGGCGAUACACUAGCCUCCAGGGAUAUGCUGUUUGCUUCACACAUCUGCUACCUCACGGCUCAAUGUCCUUUUGGCUGGUACAAAAAUAGAUCAGAACGUCUGGUGCUUCUGGGUAGUAAGCAAAGUGUGAUGUUUUCCAAGUUCUGUCACAACUCUGCCAUUCGCUGUACUGAGCUGUUUGAGUACUGCCAGCGGCUUGGAAAUGCUGAGUUCAUCAUUCCUGCUUUUCAGGUGUAUAAAUUCCUGUAUGCAUGCCGGCUGCUGGACUGUGGGCUCAUUUCUCAGGCCUUCCACUACUGUGAGGUGGUGGGGAAAGCUCUGCUUAGGAUAGACCAACCCCAUGUGGUGCUAUUGGGAGAGCUUAUAAAAUUGGUGGACAGACUGAAGAUCUCCGAAGCACAGCUUAAUGACACUGGUGACUGUCAGCCUUUCCUGGACCCCGAUUGGCUGGUGCAGAUCCGCUGCAGACACCAGACCCUGCUGGGAGGGAACUACUGCAGUGAGACGUACCAGUCACCAGCUGAGGGAACUUCAUGGACUCAGGAGGAUAGCAACAAGUGUUCAGAUUUUACAGAAGGCCAUGCAGAGGCUAUUAACAACCCUAGCAAUGAAACUGAGUCCUCAAACCCAUCCCAUUCUGCAAUACCACAUGCUGAUGCCCAGUUUGAGGGAACUUAUUCUCCAAUGAGCCACUCUUACUCGCCUGAAGAACAGGCGCCUAGAACUAUUGCCCCAGUGCCACUGUACCCAACACAGCAGCCCAUGACACUGCCUCCAGUCGUCCCUACUGAAAUGUUUGGACCUCCAUCAGUUUCAGUGGAGCAAAGCUAUGCUAAUGAUAGCAGCACUUACCAAGAUGACUUGCACACUGCUGUGUCCAGUUCAAUUUCAAGAAACUACACUGAUACAGGUGGUGACUUUUCCGCUGAGGCAAUGCAGAGUGCUGGUGAAAAUGAUGCCACAGUUAGAAAUGUUCAGUUUGGGACAGUUCCAAGUGAGGACAACAAGACAGAGUCCAACACACAAUCAGCAAAGGCCUCAAAGCCUGGAUGGUUCAGUGGCUGGUUCAAAUCCAAGCCUAAAGAAGAACCAAAAGAAGAAAUCCCAGACCCCGAUUCCCCCAUAGAGCAGUCAACAGCCAACUUUCCUUUCCCUCCUCCUCCUCCCCGGUUCAUCCCAAAGACUGAACAGCCACAAUUCAAUCCCUUUUCUAGGAGGGCUGGACAAAGUCAGAAUCAACAAUCCCCGUCACAGGGUCCCUAAAUGAAGUUUCCUAAAGGAAGAAUAAUCACCAAAUGUGGAACUCAGGGAUGAUGAACUUUAGGUUUACUUAGAGGAGGUCAGAGGAGAGUCUGUAUUUUCAUAUACAUUCACAUCUAUGGUUACAGAAAUACCUUGAGGACAUGCAGUUCUUGACAUAAUGAUGGCCACACUUCUUUGAGUGAAGACAUUGAACAGCUGAAGCACAGCUCUCUUUGCUGACUAUAGAUAUUUACCCCCAGGCCCUGUGGGCUGAGGAGGAUACGGGAAUUGGUGCUGAGCAAAGGUGCUGUGGCUUGUGGAAACAUGAACUUAAAAUGCUUCUGCUGGCAAUGCCAGUAAAUGGUGUGACAUACAACACUUUGACAACCUGUCCUACUUCCCUAUAUGCACAAAUUAUAGUGACUUUUUAAAUUCAAAUUCAAAUAUUUGGCACAGAAAGUCAGAGAGCAAUCAAAACUUGCAAAAUUUUGCCAUUUUAAAAUGUACAGGUGGUCUUUUUGGACCACAGCCUUGGAAGGGAUAUAGAUUUCAUUAUCUCUACCCAAAAAUUGUACACAAAAUAAUUGUAAAAAGUUUCUAAUAAAAAUCGGUUGUAUUCAUACACGU